UGGAAAUAGCGCAUGUGUGUUAACAAGUGCGGACAUCAUAAAAAGUGCGACGACGCUCGGAACGAUUGUUUGUGCAAAGUUUCCAGACGUCGGCGCGUCGCGACGCUGAUAAAACUGUGCGGUCUGCCGUCGAACAUCGCAAUCACAUAUUUGCCUAGACGUUAGCAAUAAAGUCAACAACAAUUGACAUGUGCUUUCUUUAACAAAUCGACUAUGACGUCACCGUUGGUUCCCUAAGUGUGAUAAAUUAUAUUUCGAUUCGAUAAUGCGCCACUUAACGGUUACUUAUCCCUGUUAAACUCUUCGUCACCGCCAUGUCAGCCAAUGACGAUUUAAAAGAUUCCCUCGAUAUGAGCGUACCAGACGAUGUCGCCGCCGGCAAAGAGGAGAUAUUCAAUCCAAAAAAGCAACCGAAAGUGAUCCGGGUGCUUACCGUCAUGGCGUACGCGCUCAGUGUAUCAAUGGCCGCCAUUUUGCUCUCCAUUUAUUAUAUUUUCAUGUGGGAAGGACGACCGCAUUUAGGUGCCCUAAGGUCCCCAGCAGACCACUUCAAUUUCUCGGAACACAAUGCGAGAUUUUCCAACAAUUCAUCGUGGCAGUUGACCAACGAGAGAAAUGUUUCCAAAAUGGAAAUAACAGGUGACAACAAUACUCGAAGCGAAGUAAAUCACACAGCUGAUCAGGGUUUUUACUCAUAUUAUUUCUUCGAAAAUGCAACAACAACUGAACUUACUGAAAGCGCAACGCUGGAAUAUUUCAACGUCACCACCGCAAAUUGAAGAAAACAUUACCUGGUUAGAUUACUCGGAGACCCCCGCCGAAAUCCAAAGAAGUAGCUUUUUGAAGAAACUCCAGACUCAAUACUUUUCCAAGCGAAACUUAUAGACGAGGGUGAACCUACUUCUUUUGUAAAUAAAAAUUUGAUCUGUCUUCAGCCUACUUAUGUAUAUGUUGCCUUAUAAAUGUAUAUUUUAUUAGAAUUCUAGAAUAUCGCCUUAACAUUAACACGUAUAUAGUUUUAAUAAAAAAUCUUAUCAA